CUGGCACGUACUUCGGAUUGACUAUGUAGUUUUCGCACAUAGAAAAACACUAAAUAUUCUCAAAACGUUCGCUACUUAUAAAUUUCAGUCUUCAUGCAGAACAUACAAAACUGUCGACAGUACUAUAUAUCUUCAAAUAUUAGAUUGAAAAACCCUGAGUGACGUUUGUUCUCAAGAUAUUUGCUUACUACGCCACUUGUUUGGUGUAUACUAAAAUAUGAAUGAAGAUGAAACAUGUUAUCACAAUCACUACGCCCAUGAAUACAUCAAUCAGAAUACCAGGUUUACACCUUGGAGAGAAUGUGAGGCAACAUCGAAAAAUAGUUGCUGCCGUACAAAGCUUCCGUUGCUUCUGUUCAUUGCUGCAUAUGUAUUAUUUUGUUGUUUCGGUGCAUUUUGUUUCAAUAAAAUUGAAAGGCCUAUGGAGAGAAAAGAGAGACUACGACUGCACGCCUCUCUAAUUCAAUUUCUAAAGAUGCAUUCAUGUGUGAAAGAAAUGUGUACUCUACAAAACCAAAACGUUUCUCACUUUCAUGGGCACUUCAUCCAGGAACUUCGGGACACGACACGUUACUUAAUAUAAAUAAAUUGCCUGAAGAAUGUCAAGUGAUGACCUAUACGAGUUUAUCAGUCACGUUGUGGCAGCCAGGAAAUUGCGCAUAUCAGUGACACGGGUUAAAGAUCUAAGUAUCUAUAGUUCUCUUGCUAUUCCUGAAAAGUGGUAUGAGGAGUUUCAUUUGGAGAAAAAUAUGGAAUUCAAUUCUCAUUUCGAAUCAGUCGCCAUGACUGACCUAAAAGAAGACGAAGAUAAUAAAAGUGACUUGAAUUUUUCUGAAUCAAUAUUUUUUGUGAUCACAGUUAUUACUACUAUAGGUUACGGUACAAACAGUCCGAUUACACCACAGGGAAAAAGGUUUUGCGUAUUUCUAGUUUGUGUAGGAAUUCCAAUGAACAUAAUUUUGGUUUCUGCACUGGCUUCUGCAUGCAUGCCUUUGGUUCGAAAGUCGCGAAAUAGUCUAGUUAAUUUAUUUUCCUCUUCGAGUGAUCGCAAAAUAUCCCUUUAUAAAAAUGAAGAAAAUUUUAAACAUUGGGAUUCAGAUACUCUAGAUAAAACAGUGAAAAUUUCGGAGGGAAAAAAUAUAUGGAUAGACUUACAUGAUAAGCGUGAGGUCGCAAAACUAUGCUUCAAACCAGGAUGUUGUUUGCACAGAGAUGCCAAUUUACUAGACAACUCAGAUACGCAGUCUCCAUUUCGUAAGUGGUUUUCGGACAGCCAUUUAACAAGUAAACUCAGGAAACAUAAAUUACAAUCAAAAGAAUUGAAACCAACAAGUAUGAAUGUUGAAACUAGUACGAAACAGCUGAUCCACAAGGUUGUUUCACCUUCAUCUUCGAUAUUAUCAUUGCCAGAAAAUAGAAAAUGUUUUUCACAUUCUCCAUCGGGCAAUGUUCAUAAGUAUCUGGAGGGUAGGUGUGAUCGUCCUAAGUUUUACCCUACAUUGAAGUCUCCGAAAAUAUUGCCACCUAUAAUGAAACCUAAGGAGGUACUACUGAAGUCUGACUAUCCAAUAAUUAGUAAUCCAGUGGAAUCUAAUCGAAGACCAACUACAAAACCUCCUGAACCUAAAAAGAAGUCAUCGAAGAAGUGUAGUGUAGUGAUGUCAGAUGAAAUAAACACAUGUAAUAAAUCUCAGUCUACAAUCAGUGUUAACAUAAAUGAUUAUGAGGGUGCUACUGACGAUAAAAUAUAUCAACAGAUACCAACCAAAUCAAAUCACACACCACCUGCUGGAAACGACGAAAAAGGCUCAUUCAUGAGAAAUUUCAAAAGGUUGUCUCGACAGUGUUUAUUUGAAAAAUUCCAAAAAUCUGCAAGUGAUUCUGUGGAUAGUUUCUCAACUGAAACAACACUAGCAUAUCGUGCACGUCUUUCAUGUAUUGCAUUCCUACAUUUUCUAUUAUCCAGAAGUGAUCUUGCAUUAACCAGUAGGGUUAGAUUUUCACAACUUCGUUAUCAUCAAGAUCAUCAUGGUAUAUUCCACAUACGAUUAUUUCAUUUCUUUGUACUAUUUUUGGUGGUAGUAGUAUGUACAAUAUUUAUACCUGCGGCUGUAUUUUACCGCUUAGAAGACAACUGGACCUAUUUAGAUUCAGUUUAUUAUUGUUUUGUAUCGCUCAGUACAGUUGGCUUAGGCGAUUUGGUCCCAAGUCAAGACAGGAGACACGAUGUACCGAAAGUUAUAUCAUAUGUUUAUGCAAAAAAUAUAUAUAAACUGGCAACUUCGAUUUACUUAAUAUGGGGGAUUGUAAUGACUACAGUACUAGGGAGGGCUUUUCAAGAAAUUAUCGACUAUGAAUUCUCAAACGCAGCUUGUGGAUUCGAGGAUAAGUGUCGUGAACACAGGUUGCCAAGUUGUGGUUCAGGGGCACAAUUCGACAAUAACUCUUCUUUCUUUAUGAACUGUAAUCAUCUAAAGUCUAUUACUGAUGGUUAACCAGUGAUUUGAUAUUUUUAAUCAAACAUUUUUUGAGGUCCUUGUAUUUUUUUAAUGGUAUGUGC